CUAAUGCACUAUUACUCUGAAAAAAGGAAGGAUGCCCGGAAGUGAAUACCUCCAAUGAAUGAUUGAAAUGGUUGGUUAUUUUGUAUUUAAUAGUUAGUACAGUCAUCUUACUUAGACCACAUUCAGCUGGUUUUACACAAUAUUCAUUAAUAUAGUCAAACGCUUAUUUCGGAGUUUCAUAUUAGCUACAUUUUUUUACCUUCUUCAUGUCAACUGCUUCACGUGUUGGUCUUCUGUCAAGAGAAAGUGGAAUACCAUGUGGAUACGAUUACGAAGACCAUUGAAGGAGGUUUAUAACUGCUUUAAACCACUUAAAGACGGAUUUAUUGGACACAAGUGGCUGUGCACGUCUCCGUCUGUGGCUGAAUGCGUCCCAGCCUUACCUACAGCUAGCAGGCUCACGGUGGAGCAAGCUGUCAAGUUAUGGACAGGCCAUUUCCAGCAAAGAGGUGUCUCAGAGCCACAUCUCUCCAGCCAGUACAUCAUUGCACAUUUGCUUGGUGCUAAAACAUUAGAGGGCAUUGGACAGGACAGGCUGGCUGAAUUCCUGACACAAGAACAGACAGAGCAGACAUGGGAGCUCUGUUCCAGACGUCUCACCAGAAUGCCAGUGCAGUAUGUGAUUGAAGAGUGGGACUUCAGAGAUCUGACACUGAAGAUGAGACCUCCCGUGUUUAUCCCCCGGCCUGAAACUGAGGAGCUGGUUGGCCUAGUGCUUACAGAUCUCCAGAUGAAGCAGGGGACUGGAUUAAGUGAGGAGACCAGCUUCAGGUGCCUGGAAGUGGGUUGUGGCUCUGGUGCUAUCUCCCUCAGUUUACUUAAGAGCCUCCCACAGCUCAGAGCGAUUGCUUUAGAUAAAAACAAGGAUGCUGUGGAUCUGACAAGAGAGAACUCACACAGUUUGGGGUUCCAGGACCGACUUGAGGUUCACCAUAUGGAUGUGAUGAGAGAUGCAGACAUAAUUGUGAGCAUGUGCAGUCCAGUCUCCGUUUUGGUCAGCAACCCUCCGUACCUGUUCUCAGAGGAUAUGAUAUCACUUGAACCUGAAAUCCUCAGGUUUGAGGACCAUGCUGCUCUGGAUGGGGGGAAAGAUGGCAUGCAGGUGAUGAGACACAUUCUGACUCUGGCUCCAAAGCUCUUAUCCAACCAUGGUCGUGUAUACUUGGAAGUAGACCCACGUCAUCCACAGCUCAUCCAGCAGUGGGUAGAGGAAAGUGUUGAAGAGUUACACUACUUGCGCACGCAUCGUGACAUUACUGACAGGCCUCGUUUCUGCAUCCUUCAAAAAAAGGAGUGCAACACAGACCAGGACCAGCAUUGAGAGACUGUGUGAGAUAUGGAUCCUGUUUCACUGGCUUCAGACCAGCCUGCUACAGCCUCAACACCCACCAUCCAUCUGCCACGUACUGUACACACUACUGAGCUCAAAUAAUGUAGAAAUUCACAAACGCGCACAUAUACAUAUCGUAGAUGGGCUUCAUUUAAACCUGAGGACGUUGUAGGUGCUAAUGUGUGUUUGUGUGGCAAUAAAGGAGGGUGAUCGUGACCGA